GGCAGUAUUGCUCUGACUCUGGCAGGAGGCGUACGCGUCGCUCGCUCCCUCGUCACCAGCUGUUGCGGCCCGAGGUUCCCAGCUGGACGUUUGUUCACGCCUCUUGCCGUGUCAAGGACCGUCUGGCAGGACUCCUGCCUGGCCUCCUCACCCGCUGAUAAACAGUUCCCCCUUACUGACAGCCUAGAGCCCACUGGUGGCUCUCAGUUUUGGCCAAAUAUCCGUCUCGAUCCGGUUAAAGUUGAGUUUUACUGGCAGUCAGAAUCUAGUGACAUUCGAAGUUCAGAUUACAGUGACUACAGAUCUCCCAUUACUGGCUUUAUCUAACAAUAAAACUACUGUGUGUUCACAGUUUAAUUGCGUAGCGUCGUUGAACAGCAGUCAUGCUUAAAACGAUUUAUUUUGUUGAGUGAAAGAUAUCCGUCUUAAAAUAAUGUGAAUAUUAAUAAAAAUCUAAGUGUUGUGUUAGAUUUAGAAUCAACUAAUUUGCUAAUUAAAAAAAGGUGGAAAUGGAAAUAUGAUUAUCAUGGAAAGAAAGCGGGGAAUGAGAACACCUGUUGUUAGUGUAAUGUAAGCUGUAAACACUGGCUGCCUGACACUACAGCCUGCUUGAACGUAACGCCUAAUUCGCUUGUUGAAAGCAACAACGCCGCCUAAGGAUCGCAUCUACUCUUGUGAACAGGACGAGGUGUGGAGCCAUGCGAGCUGGCGCGCCCACCUGUACUCCCUGACGACGCCAACACGCCCACAUGACGCCCGUUGGACCUCUUCAUGGCACCUCCCAAGGGCCGCCCAGACCUCGCUUACCCCUCACUCCUAAACCGAGUGACACUCCCAUAAAUCCCAGCCCUCUCGCCGGUCACUCCUGGGCGGACGAUGAGGGACUGUGGUGACGCUGGAGGGCAUGCAGGGGACGGUAGGGGCACUUUGCUGCCCCUGUUGUGGUCGCUUUGCUGCAUGCUGUUGCUGCUGUCGUCGACCAUUGUCUCCGCCUGCCCCUCCGACUGCACCUGCGAGCCUGCGAGACCCCUAACAUCCCGUCGGUGUCCAUGGUCAAAAUUCAAGGAAAAACGUGUCGACCAGACUACUGGCCUCGUGUCCCUCAAGUGUCAUGGCAUCAGGCUGACGGACCCGCCUGACCUUCCAGCCCUCGGCGGCCUCGACCCGGCAACGAUCGUCAAAAUGGACCUGAGAUACAACGAGAUAACGGAGCUUCGUGACCACACCUUCAGCCUCUACACCUCCCUUCACACACUUAUCCUCUCUGGUAACAAGAUCAAGACGGUGAGCGUGAAGGCUUUCCAUGCCGCUCCUAUACAAGUCCUGAUGCUGGACAACAACAAACUGUCUGAACUGACUGCUGGAUCUCUUCCUGCUUCUCUCAAGGAGAUCUCUCUGGAGAUGAACUUCUUCACAACCUUUCCUCGUGCCCUGUCCUCCAUGAGCUGUCUGCAGAAUGUGAACAUGGCCCACAACAAGCUGACAGCCUUGAAAACCGGCGAUCUACAUGAGCUGCAUAAUCUCCUCAUCCUAUCUCUCCACAACAACAGGAUCUCCACUGUGGAGCCCAGAGCCCUGGCAAGGCUACGCAGCCUUGAGAUACUGAACCUGCAGGACAACCUACUGACGGAGGUGCCAGCGGAGGUGGUUCACUGCACCAAACUACGGCAGCUAUUGCUGAGCAGUAACCGGCUGACCUACGUUGGGGAGACUUCGCUGAAGGGCCUGACUCACCUGGAGGAGGUGAAGCUGCAGUCUAACCCUGUCCUGAGCGUCCACCACCGCGCCUUCACUAACCUCCCCGCCCUCACUAAACUCAUCCUGAAGGAGGCCAAGCAGCUGCAGGCGUUCCCCGACCUGAACGGCACCAGCAGCCUGGAGUUGAUCAGGAUUGACCGUUCGGCCCUGACCACCGUGCCCUGGGACCUGUGUACUUCCGCCCCCAGACUCCGCAGCCUGAACCUGCAGAGGAACCAGAUCAGCAUCAUGCCGGACCUCACCCUUUGUCGUGAUCUCCGACUACUGGAUCUGAGCAACAACAACAUCAGCAGCCUCCCAGAGGGCGCCUUCGGCAGCCUCUCUUAUCUUCAAGAUCUCCUUCUGCAGGGAAACCGCAUUGCCAGCAUCCACAACAACACCUUCAGCGGCCUAGAGAGACUUCAGGUCUUACAGCUGGAGGACAACCUUAUCUCCGGCAUCAACCAGGACGCCUUCCUGCCCCUCCUCAGCCUCGAAGACAUUAACUUGGGUAACAACUGCUUCCCGGAGCUGCCUGCACGAGGCCUGGAACACGUGGUCUCCGUCAAGGUCCACAACAACCGCCACCUGAGGGUGUUCCCUGGCCCUGAGAGCUUCCCCAUGGUCAGGUCCCUCACCCUCUCCUAUGCUUAUCACUGCUGCCCCUUUCUCAGGCUCGGGGACAUGACGGAGGCGCCGCCCAUCGGUGAAGAGGUGGUCUUCCCCCCGGGCCUCGACCCCACCAUCUGGAAUGUUACCAAUGUGUGGCCCGAGAUGGCAGGCUUGAGCACAAACUUUGCGGCCAUUUGGGCUAACUUGGCUGCUGACUUCCCUCCAGCCGGUCCCGACCAAGCCGGCGGUACCUCGCAGGACCCCGGAGACGCCACGGCCGCCACGCACACGCUCCCUCCACUGCCUCGCCACCACGUCAUCUGCAACCCUGAGCCAGGACCAUUCAUGCCAUGUGAGGACCUGUUUGACUGGUGGACGCUACGGUGCGGAGUGUGGAUUGUGUUCCUGCUGGCGCUGCUAGGCAACGGUACUGUGGUGGUGGUGCUGACCUUCGCCAGGGCCAAGAUGGACGUUCCACGAUUCCUCGUCGCCAAUCUUGCUUUUGCUGACUUCUUUAUGGGUCUCUACCUUGGGUUCCUGGCGGUCGUGGAUGCCUCGACCUUGGGAGAGUUCCGCAUGUACGCCAUCCCCUGGCAGACGUCAGCUGGCUGUCAAGUGGCUGGCUUCUUAGGGGUAAUGAGCUGCGAACUCUCCGUCUACACACUCACUGUCAUCACAAUGGAGCGUAACUACGCUAUUACUCACGCCAUGCAUCUCAACAAGCGUCUCUCUCUGCGACACGCAGCUUAUAUCAUGGUGUUGGGCUGGCUCUUCGCCUGCACCAUGGCUCUCCUGCCGCUUAUCGGUGUUUCAGAUUAUCGCAAGUUUGCCGUUUGUCUGCCCAUUGAGACCAAAGGCGGUGGUCUGGGUUAUGUAGUGUUUCUUAUGUUUAUAAAUGGCGUUGCCUUUCUUAUCCUGAUGGGUUGUUAUCUCAAGAUAUACUGUGCUAUCCGCGGCUCUCAAGCAUGGAACAGCAACGACUCGCGAAUUGCUAAGAGGAUGGCUCUCCUGGUGUUCACUGACUUUAUAUGCUGGGCCCCAAUUGCCUUUUUUUCUCUUACUGCUGCUUUUGGAUUACAGCUAAUAUCACUAAAAGAGGCCAAAGUGUUCACUGUUUUCAUACUUCCAUUUAAUUCCUGUUGUAAUCCAUUUUUAUAUGCUCUCCUAACAAAACAAUUUAAGAAAGACUGUGUGAUGUUAUGCAAGACCAUUGAAGAGUCUCGUGUAACAAGAGGGAUCGGACGUUGUCGUCAUUCAUCAAAUUUUAGUAACCGCCAGACUCCCGCCAACACCAACAGUGCACUGGAUAAUUCCUCGCGUCAGGAUAACCAGUCUUGUCGCUGCCAGAGCAAGACACAGCAACCACAGAAAUUCCACCAGCGUUUGCGUAUAUCAGCGCUAAAAUAUAUUUUCUGUCACAAAGAUACUGAAGAGCUCAACUCUGCGAGUGAUUUUAGCUAUCAACCAACCAAAAGUGCUGUCAAGUCUAAAAGACAAACUUCGGUUUCAAGCGAGACUUACAGUUCUUCGUGGUCGGAUACUUGGCGUCGGGGUCAAGCAGCCAUGUCCCUACGGAUACUUGACCGUCGGCGCCAUAACUCCUGGUACUUGACGCGCAAGCCCUCCCAGGAGAGUAACCUAUCAUCAUCUCGUAACGACUCCUCAGCCACCACCGCCUCAACAUCUACGUGGCGAAUAUCUCGGUCUUCUGUGUCGUCUGAUAUCUCCAGCAGCGGUUCAAGAGGUGUGGGUAAAAAUGACGGAGCUCCGACAUUGAGGUUAGGAUCUCUAAGAGAACGUCGAGGAGAUUGUCAGCCACAAGGGUCAGCUCGACAACCUACUAACCAUCACCAAGCAUUGCUGGUGAGGCAGCAGUCUGGCGCAUCCGGCCAACUUUCAGCACCAACUACAUCGGCAGUUCGAAUUAAACCUCGUUUACAGAGACAGACUGCUAUCGAACGUGAAACAUACAUACCCAAUAAGGCAGCAGCAGGCCAGGCAGACGUAUCCUGUCCGCUGCACCAGCGCCCUGACAACCUCUCAUGUGUUUAUGAACAAGAGAGCUACGAAGAGGAGGAUCAUGAAACCAAUAAAGAAUUUUUAAAUCCUUGCUAUCCGAUGGCAGGACUUACUGUUACCUUCAUUCCACGCAAACUGAGCACCAUUUCCUCCCAUUCAACCAGUGUAGUGAGAGACCCAGAUGGCGACGACACUGUUACGGGGCCCUUUGUGGACGUGCACACGUCCGCUGAUCCUUCGCCCACUUCAAUUAGUCAUUUUCCAGGAAGAGGGAAAUGUGUGAGCCUAACCUUACUUCCACAGACUCCUUCACAGACAAGUCCUUCACGCUUUCCCUCUGACGGCCACUUGCCUCGCUCACCGCGAUGCACAGAACUACUCUACUUCACUAACGUGACAACUCCUGCCAUUGUAAUUCCCAACGAUGAAGACAAAGCUGAAUCCCCUUCCGAAGAUUUCGACGCAGCUCGAGUGAACCGCUACGGGAAAGUCAUCACGAGUGUACACGACGGGUGCGAGGAGUCCACAGCUCUGAUGGGUGAAGAGUGUGAUGGGGACGACGAAGUGUUUGAAGUAGUGAGAAGUCACCAAAGACCAUUAGAAACACACUUUCCACUUGACGAUCCUCCUGGUGAAACACGUCCUCUUAUAUGAUAGUGUGGAAAGUAACGAGGAGUAAUUGCCAACUCUUGACCAAAGUGACACAAAAUAUUGUCUAUUAAAAAUGUCGAAUGUCUGCCACCCCUCUUUUUAAAACUUCUGAAAACAUACUUCACUCUUCUUACUAUAAUCAGCAUGCAGUGAAAAACCACGUACCUACAACUUUAUAAAUAUAUGUUCCAUAAUGCCAAGUAUCUUUACUGUUAUACACACUUUCUCCAAACAGUCUGGGGGUCAAGCUUCGACUUCCCCUUCCCCCCCCCCUCCCCCUCCCAGUUGUAGUUUCCUAGGCAUUGUUGCAGAGUUACCAACGAUGCACUAGUGCCUGUGUACCUGCUCUGGACAAUGAGAACUACAGUGAUCUUAGGACACCUGAGUAUAGUGUUUCCGGGAGACACACAGACCGACCCUCUGAUGAACAAAUCCACAAGGGCCGUGACGAGGGUUCGAACCUACCUUCGAACCCUCUGAUGUUCUGUCGCUGUCUCGUUUGGCAUUGGGACCAGACUUUUUUGUCUUUAGAUUGUAUUAUUUAUGGUGCUCUCUGAUGAUCGAAGAAUACGGAUGUUGUACUUUAUUAACUCAGAUAUUUUGUAUAAAGAAUUAGGUUCAGGUUAGUGUAUGGCAGAAGCUGGUAUUUGAUGCAGCUGAAUAACUGUGACAAUAGCUGUGACAACAUUGGUGACAUUAACCCCUGACAAUAUUUGUGACAUUAAGUGACAAUAUUUGUGACAUUAACAAUGACAAUAUUUGUGACAUUAACAAUGACAAUAACUGCAUCAGUAACUGUGACAAUACUUGUUACAAUAUAUGUGACGUUAAUUGUGACAAUAACUGUGAUAAUAUUUGUGACAUUAACUGUGACAAUAACCGUCUCAUUAACUGUGACAUUUCCUGUGACUUCAACUCUGACAAUACCUGUCACAAUAACUGUGACAAUAACCGUCUCAUUAACUGUGACAUUUCCUGUGACUUCAACUCUGACAAUACCUGUCACAAUAACUGUGACAAUAACCGUCUCAUUAACUGUGACAUUUCCUGUGACUUCAACUCUGACAAUACCUGUCACAAUAACUGUGACAAUAACCGUCUCAUUAACUGUGACAUUUCCUGUGACUUCAACUCUGACAAUACCUGUCACAAUAACUGUGACAAUAACCGUCUCAUUAACUGUGACAUUUCCUGUGACUUCAACUCUGACAAUACCUGUCACAAUAACUGUGACAUUAACUAGUUACUACAGUUGAGUGCCUCUUGUCUAAGAUUAAUUAUCAUUAAAGUAUAGGAAACUUAA